GCUACGAAAUGGCAAUCUAGAAAAAAAUUAAUUAAAAGCAAAAAAACAAAAAAAAAGAAUAAACAAUAAAAAAACAAUAACGGAAAUCGGAGUGGCUUUGAAUCUCUGUCAGGGUCAGGCGUAUCCACCUGAUGAAGCUUCUUCCCCAUAUGCAGACAACUCCAUGAUCUCUCUCUCUCUGCAUGUAUCUAUCCCUGCAUUAAUCUUUUUUUUAUUUUUUCUUUUUUUCAAAAACUUCCUGUAAUAAAUUGAUCGGAAAAAGUGGGGUUAACAAAAAUCCAAUCGCCAUCGAGAAAUAAUUUUCCUAUCAUUUCUAAUUUCUUUUCCCCUUACCUCAAACCCUAAACUUAGAAUUAAUCGGAGCUUCUUCCCCAAAUGCAGACAACUGCAUGAUUUCUCUUUCUCUCUCCUCUCUCCUCUCUCUCCCUGCAUGCAUCUAUCCAUUUUCAUUAAUUGAUCGAAAAAGUGGGGUUAACAAAAUCCAAUCUCAAUCGGGAAAUAAUUUUUUUUCCCUCUCAUUUCUAAUUUCUUUUCCCCUUACCUGAAACACUUAAACUUAGAAUUAAUCAUUUCUCUACUGUCUCACUUGCUUCAUAAAUCCUCUAUCUCGAAGAAUUAAUUCAUUUUCCUUUGUUGAUUGAGCUCAAUUUAUCCAACAUUGCAACAGUUUACUGUUGGAUUGCUGUUCGAGGGGUCAAAACCUUAGCUGAAAUCGCUGGUUCUUGCUUACAUAUUGAUCUCGGUUUGUGUAAAUUGUUGCUGGGGGACGAAUUCAGACCGCAUUAUGGCGGUAAUUGGCGCGGCAGUGAAUAUGUGAUCGCAUUAUGGUGCUAAUCAGUGAAUUAUGGAGAUCUUUUCGUUAAUUGUGAUUGGCAAGAAUAGAAUCGAGAGAUUGGAUUGGGAAAAGGAGUUUUGGAUCCAAUCAGGGAUAAGACAGCGCCACUAGAAUGGCGCUGUUCAGAAGGUUCUUCUACCGGAAGCCGCCGGAUCGACUUCUGGAAAUCUCUGAGAGGGUCUAUGUGUUUGAUUGCUGCUUCUCCACUCAUGUGCUUGAUGAGGAUGAGUACAGGACAUACUUGAAUGGGAUUGUAGCUCAGCUACAAAAUCACUACCCUGAUGCUGCUUUCAUGGUUUUCAAUUUCAAAGAAGGGGACGGUAGGAGCAUAUUAUCUGAUCUGUUAGCUCAGUAUGAUAUGACAGUCAUGGAUUACCCUCAGCAGUAUGAAAGGUGUCCACUGUUACCUAUGGAGAUGAUCAACCACUUCUUGCGAUCAAGUGAGAACUGGUUGACGGUUGAGGGCCAGCAUAAUAUACUUUUAAUGCUUUGUGAAAGGGGGGGAUGGCCUGUGCUUGCAUUUAUGCUAGCUGGCCUUCUUCUUUACAGGAAACAAUACACUGGUGAGCAGAAGACUCUUGAAAUGGUAUACAAACAAGCUCCCCGGGACCUUCUUUCUCUUUUGACUCCUUUGAAUCCACAGCCAUCUCAGCUCAGGUAUCUUCAGUAUAUCAGUAGAAGAGAUUCUCGGUUGGAUUGGCCAUCAUCAGAUCCGCCUCUGGCCUUGGAUUACAUGAUACUCCGAGCCCUUCCUCUAUAUGAUGAUGGACAAGGAUGUCGACCAAUAGUAAGAGUAUAUGGUCAUGAAUCUUCUUCCAGAUUGUCCAAUAUAAGUACAAAGCUCUUGUUUUCAUCUUCUAAAGUGACAAAAGAUAUACCUUACUAUCGAAAGGAAGAGUGUGCUCUAGUAACAAUAGAUAUCCAUUGCUGUGUUCAAGGAGAUGUUGUUCUUGAAUGCAUCCAUUUGGGGGAUGAUCUAGUAAGUGAGAAAAUGAUUUUUCGAAUUAUGUUCCACACUGAAUUUGUCCGGUCAAAUGUUUUGAUGCUAGCCCGCAACGAGGUAGAUGUUCUUUGGGAUGCAAAGGACCUUAUCUCGAGGGAAUUCAAAGCAGAGGUACACUUCUCAGAUGCGGAUUCUCUCCCGCCUAUCAUCACCACACAAGUUGUGAGCGAAGAUGACGAAGAUGACAGUGAAACAGAAGUUGCCACUCCUGAUGAAUUUUUUGAGGCGGAUGAGAUCUUUAGCAGUUUUGUUGAAGCACAGGAUGGUAAGGUGGAAUCUGAUCGCCAUCCAAUUAAAGUUAGUGCCCAGGUUGAUGAAGCCAUGGUUGGUGAAGCCGUGGUUGGUGAAGCCGUGGUUGACGAAGCCCGGGUUCAUGAAGCCAUAGUUGACAAAACCCAGGUUGAUGAAGGUCGUCAUCACAUUCCCUUGGAGGAUGAGCCGGAACAACAAGCAUUUCAAGAGUGUGCUAUAGAUGAGGCCAGUAGCAGUUAUGGUAGCCCGGUGGACCCUAUUAGUAACUCGUUGCAGAAUGGGGAAGUCCAACUAGAGUCGAGGUAUGUGUUUUCUGAGGUAGUCAACGAUGCAGAAACCUUAUCUGAGAAUGAUGGUGUGCACAACAAGUCUGAAGAAGAGGACAAUAAACAAAGAGAAGAGGUGCAUAUACUGAUGAAAAAUGAAGAGGAAGGUUCAAACCAAAAGUUAGGUGCUGAUGAUUAUGAGCACGAGGGCCUUUCAACUGCCCAUAUGAAACAGCCGGUGCACAGAUCAAGAUCUGAUGCAGAUGUAGUUGUUACCAGUAAGGAAAGUAAGCUGCAAGAUUCGCCUCUGGCCAGACGGGCUAAGUCAAAUGCUGCGUCGAGGGGGAUACCUUCUAACAAAGGUUCUUACUCGAAUUCAAUGCAUGUACUGUAUCCUCGGUCAAGACAUAACAGUGCUCCAGCAUUAAUAGCUCUUGGCAAUGAUUCUGUAUCUGGAUUUAAAAAAAAGACCCAAUCUGCUCCUGCAUCCUACACUGCUUCUCCAUUGUCUUCGAACUCAUCAGCAGCCGAAGAGGCUGCUCCCCCAACUUCUUCCUCAAAAGCACAGGUCAUACAAGAGCCCAACAAACGUAAACCAGUGGAGCUGCAUGCCGUAUCAGUAAAACCCGCCUCUCGUCCUCCAUCGGAUGCACCUCCUCCCUCACAAUCAGUAUCAGUAAAACCCGCUUUACCACCUACAUCAAUUCCUCAUGUCAAAGAACAGAGUUUGCCGCUUCUGCCUCCACCUCCACCUCCACCUGUAUCUCUGCCUCUACCUCCUAUGCCAAGGAAGCUUCCGCCUCUGCCUCCGCCUCAGCUCACGCCUACUCCCACUGCGACGCCUGUGCCUCCUCCGCUGCCUCCAUCUCAGCCCACGCCUGCUCCCACUGCGACUCCUGUGCCUCCGCCGCCGCCUCCAUCUCAGCCCAAAACCACUCCUACUCCUCCGCCUCCGCCUCCGCCUCAGCCCACAACCACUCCUACGCCUGUGCCUCCACCUCCAUCUCAACCCACGCCCACUCCUACAGCUGUGCCUCCACCUCCACCUCCACCUCCGCCUCCAUCUCAGCCCACGACCACUCCUAUGCCUGUUCCUCCGCCUCCUCCUUCAUCUCAGUCCACGCCCAUUCUCACGCCUCCGUCUCCACCUGCGCUUCCAUCUCAGCCGACGCCCACUCCCACGUCUCCACCUCAGCCUCCAUCUCAGCCCACACCCACUCCCUCACCACCACCUCCGCCUCCAUCUCAGCCCAUACCCACUUCCACACCUCCACCACCUCCACCUCCUCCUGUUCCAUCUACUGAUACAGGUACUUAUUCAUUGCCGCCACCAGCCCCACCUGCACAGUCGUCGCCGUUAUCUUUCCAGAAUGCAGCUGUUCAGUUAUUAUCUUCUUCUAUCCCUCAGCCUUCAACUCCCCCACCUUCGUCUGUAAAUUCUAGCUUAGCCAUAAAUUUGCAAGGAAACCCAAUUCCUCCACCUGCACCCGUACCUCCUAGCUCGUCCAGUGUGGAGAAUACUAGUACUGUUAUCCCACCACCCCCUCCACCUCCGCCACCCCCUUGGUGUACCGUGGUUCUAGUAUUAUCAAAUUCUUCAACUUCAGGUCCAUUCCCAUUUUCUUUGCACGCUGCUUAUCCAUCACUACCUCCUAAUCAGGGAGUUUAUUAUUUCCCUCAGUCUCUAUCUCAGCUGAGUGGUGCUACACCAACAACAUCAAUACCUCCUGGUAUUCCAGGAUUUUCACAACCCCUUGCUUUGUUUGGAACACCUACUACACCUUUUCCAUCUCCUCUGAGUGGUGUUACACUAACUCAACCUCCACCUCCUGCUAAUGAUCCUCCCCCUGCAAAGAAUGAUGCUUCUCAACCACCCCCACCACCUGUUUGUAAAACAGCACCUCCACCACCACCUCCUCCUCCUCCACCUCUAUCCUCUUCCUUUUCAGAAACAUCACCUCCGCCAACAUCCUGUGCUCCACCACCACCACCACCAACGCCCCCACCGCCUCCUCCUUGUGCUGGUGCACCUCCUCCACCCCCUCCGCCUGUUGGAGGAGCACCACCUCCCCCACCCCCUCCGCCUUUUGGAGGAGCUCCACCUCCACCACCCCCUCCGCCUUUCGGGGGAGCUCCACCUCCACCACCCCCUCCGCCAGGAGGAGGAGGAGGACCACCUCCGCCACCCCCUCCGCCUGGAGGAGGAGGAGGACCACCUCCUCCACCCCCUCCGCCUGGAGGAGCACCACCUCCGCCUCCUCCACCUGGAGGAGCCCCACCUCCACCACCUCCUCCUGGAGGUGGUGCACCAGGUCCGCCACCGCCACCAGGUCCACCAGGAGGAGGUCCACCACCGCCACCAGGUCCACGAGGAGGUCCACCACCCCCACCUGGAGCAGGUAGAGGGAUGGGUGCUGGUAGGGGGCAGGCACGCCCUGCAGUGAAAAAGUCCAAUUUAAAGCCACUUCAUUGGAGCAAGGUGACCCGGGCACUAAAAGGAAGCUUGUGGGAAGAAUUGCAGAAACAAGGAACCCCUCAAGUUGCACCAGAAUUUGAUGCGUCAGAACUUGAGACUCUUUUCUGUGCAACAGCCCCGGUUAAAGAUAAAGGCAAAGGUGGAGGCAAGAAGGCUGCUUCAGCUAAGCCUACCAAAGUCCAGCUGAUUGACCUAAAGAGGGCCUAUAACGUUGAAAUCAUGCUUACAAAAGUGAAAAUGCCACUUCCUGAUAUGAUGACCGCAGCACUUUCACUGGAUGACACAGUUCUGGAUGCUGAUCAAGUAGAAAAUCUUAUUAAGUUUUGUCCAAAAAAGGAAGAGAUGGAGCUUCUCAAGACGUACACAGGUGAUCCAGAGAUGUUGGGGAAGUGUGAACAGUUUUUCCUAGAGCUGAUGAAGGCACCUCGAGUGGAAGCUAAAUUAAGGGUUUUCCUUUUCAAGAUUCAAUUCAACUCUCAGCUUUCUGAUUUCAAAAAAAGCUUGGUUGUUGUAAACUCCGCCUGUGAAGAGGUCCGGAACUCCACCAAACUGAGAGAAAUUUUGUCGAAAAUAUUAGUUCUUGGAAAUACAUUGAAUGAGGGAACUGCCAGAGGUGCUGCCGUCGGAUACAAACUGGAUAGCCUUUUGAAACUGACGGAUACACGUUCGAGCACUAGCAGGAUGACACUUAUGCAUUAUCUUUGUAAGGCCCUUGGCUCUAAGAAUCCAGAUCUUUUAGACUUUUACAAAGAUCUUCCUAACCUGGAAGCUUCCACCAAGAUUCAACUAAAAUCGCUGGCAGAUGAAAUGACAUCUAUCUCCAAGGGUUUAGAGAAGGUGAAGCAGGAAUUGGAUGCUUCGGAACAUGAUGGUCCUGUCUCCGAAGUUUUUCACAGGACGUUGAAGGAAUUUGUUGGUGCUGCUGAGAGUGAAGUGACCUCUGUAAUGAACACAUAUUCUGUUGCGGGUAAAAAUGCUGAAGCAGUGGCUAUGUACUUCGGUGAAGAUCCUAACCGAACCCCUCUCGAGCAAGUCACUGCAACCCUCUCGAACUUCGUGAAGCUAUUCCAGACAGCCUGUGAAGAAAACAUCAAGCAGGCUGAAGCAGACAAGAAGAAAGCUCAGAAGGAAGCUGAAGCUGCAGAGAAUGCGUCCAAGGCUUGAAUAUUAACAAAGAAAAGAAGAGAACAAUUGGAGCACAGCCCAUGCUGGAUCAACCAGCAAUGCGCCUCCGGAAAUGGAGUCGGAGCGGUGCAGUCGAGGCUUUGCAAAACCUCAAGGUCUGCAAAUGGGGCGGUUACGAGAGUGCCAACGGCUCUUUCCGGCUGCUUUGGAUGACGCAGGCAGCUGAUACGCUAGUCUCGGGGCUGUACUUAUUGGAGGAGGGCUUAUUCACAAACCAAUUCAUCAGAGGCAGGGGCCGGAGCUGGGGGAGGCUCGAGCACCCCCCAUCAAUGUUUUUUGUGUGGGUAUCAUCUUAACCUUAUAAAUUUAUUUCUUUCCGGAAAAUUUCGGCUUCAGCACCCUGGUAGCCGAAACUUUUUCGACUUUAGCUCCCCUCGAAGCUAUAUUUCUGGCCCCGCCACUGAUCGGAGGUAUGUUCGGCCCUCUUAUCUAUCUCGAGAUAAAUGUUCAGCACGGGUUGGAUUGAUCGGGGCCGAUUGAGCUCUCGCGUCCGUCUGGAAGCAGAGCCCGAUCGGUUUUUGUAAAUCCGACCCGUGUUCCCACAUCAGCUACAUGAGGAUAUCCUGGAACUAUAAAGCAGAUUGCUGAUACGAAAAUGUUUCAUGUACAGAGCACUAACCCUCUAGUUAGAGAUUAACACUGAUUCUUUGUUGUAGCAUAGAAAAUGGUAGGGUUCCAUCCUUCUAGAAGGAAGAGAACCUUCCAAGAAAUUUUGUUGUACAGCAGUAAAGCUAAGGGAUAGAGUGGAUAUAGAAAAUAGGCUGCGGUAGUCAACUAUAGAUAUAGUCAGUUUUUUACAGGAAGUGUUAGGUAUUCCUUUGUUUUUACUAUAGAAUAUAUCAAUUCAUUCAUUAAUGAAAAAGCAUUUGUUUUUCAA